GGGGCAGGCCCGGUAGCCUCGGGCGGCCUGAGCUGCGGGGACGCGCCCGGAGCUCGCCCUGCCCCUGGGAGGUGCCUGGCGCGGCCCGCCCACCUGUUAGGCCUCGGCCCCGCCUGGUCGCUGAGACCGGCGUUUCGGGGACUGGGGCGGCAGAUGUGAUGGCACCAAGAAGAAAAGAGAAAUACAAGCUUCCUGUUCCACUCCCAGAAGGCAAAGUUCUGGAUGAUAUGGACGGAAACCAGUGGAUACUGGGCAAGAUGAUUGGCUCUGGAGGAUUUGGACUGAUAUACUUAGCUUUCUCCACAAAUAAACCAAACAAAGAUGCAAGACAUGUAAUAAAAGUGGAAUAUCAAGAGAAUGGCCCAUUAUUUUCAGAACUUAAAUUUUAUCAGAGAGCUGCAAAAAAAGAAUAUAUUAGAAAGUGGAUAGAAAAGAAAAAACUUGAUUACUUAGGAGUUCCUCUAUUUUACGGAUUUGGUCUGACUGACUUCAAAGGAAGAAGGUAAAAACAUAUAAUCAUAUCA